CCCCGAUAGAGAUUUUUGAGACUAUGAAAAUCCCAAAAUUUCCUUUGGUUUUGGGGUUUUCCUCCAAAUUUAAUGUCAUAUUGGAGAAAUCCCCAAAAUGCUUAGUGUGAUUUAGGGUUUUCCUCAAUAUUUUUCCAGACUUAUGGGAACGUACAAAUUUUCUCAUAACUUUGGUAAGAAUCAGAAUCUCCUCGAAACGAUCCAAAACCUGGAGAUCGGGGCUACUGAUUCUUGAUGAUCAGUUUCCACACUAAGUUAGUAAACAGCAAACUUAUAUUUUGCGGUAUUCUGGCUGAUUUGCCGUAAGUUUAUUCGGUUCCUGAUAAUAUAAAGUAUUGUUCUCGUGAUUUUAAGGUUCCAGUCUAGUUAGGCUCUGUAUAUGGAGAUCGUCAGACGCCUCCCGGUUUUGCUCUUUUAUGCCCAUGACUAAUCUUUAGAGUUCAAACAUAUCACCUUGUGUUUCAAACAACCAAGAAAUAUCCUGGUUUCUGUUCACGCCCUAAAAAACAAAACUUGUUUUACCUCCAGUAUAUAUCCAUAUAUAUGUUUACAAAUUCAAUCAGGACUUAAUUUACACAUAUUCUUAUGUACUUCUGCCAAUUAUUAGAUCGGGAUUUAUUAGGAACAUCGUAUCCCCGAUCUGAUUAUACGCCACACUCUUUCAAGUGCAUUUCACCCUGGUAGUUAGACUGCUUACAUAUUAACUGAUUUAUUAGAAAAUACCGCUAAAGUUUGAUUUUUGUCGCAAUAGGUCCUUCCAUGUUCACUUUGAAUUGGAUAUGUACAACUUAAUUUUGUCUUGUCGUUACUGAAUGGGGUGAUGGUGAGAAUGCUGAAAAUAACUUGACUAACAGAAAAUUCAGCAUAUUGCAGCUGGAUUCGUUGUAGGGUCACUGAGGAUUACUUCUUUUCGUACAAUGUUCGUGCGCCGGAGUAAAUUUAAACAUGUCUUCGGGAAACCAUGCAAGAAAGAAUGCUGUUAUGAAGACAUUCGAAUAACAAAAAGUAGUUGGGAUGCCCGUUUUUGUGCUGUGAACCCUAAAUACCUUGCGAUUAUUACCGAAGCUGCGGGGGGUGGAUCAUUUCUUGUUUUACCUAUUGAAAAGGUUGGUCGGGUAGAACGUGAUGCUCCUCUCGUUGCUGGACAUACGGGAAGUGUAUUAGAUAUACAAUGGUGCCCACACAAUGAUGAUCUUAUUGCCAGUGGUUCAGAGGACUGUACUGUGAAAGUUUGGCAAAUCCCAGAAGGUGGACUGUUACCCAAAACAAAUCUGACUACACCCGUAGCAGAUUUGGUAUGUCACCAGCGCCGCGUUGGUUUGGUUGUCUGGCACCCAACAGCUGAACAUGUAUUAUUAUCUGCAGGUGCUGAUAAUAAGGUGUAUAUAUGGAAUGUUUCUACAGAAGAGCCAUUGGUUGAAAUGAAAUUCCCAGAUAUUGUUUUAUCUGCUUGUUUCAAUUAUAAUGGUUCUCGUUUGGUUACAACUUGUAAAGAUCGGCGUACAAGAGUGGUUAACCCACGUGAUGGAAAAGUUAUUGUUGAAGGUAUUUGUCAUCAAGGCACCAAACCACAAGAAGCUAUUUACAUUAAAGACGAUCGAAUUUUUACUACUGGUUUUUCACCAAUGAGCGAACGCCAAUUUGCUUUAUGGAAUAAAGACGACUUUAGCGAACCUUUACACAUUCAAGAACUGGAUACAAGUAAUGGUGUAAUGUUUCCUUUCUAUGAUUCAGAUACCAAUUUGGUAUAUCUUUGUGGAAAAGGUGAUAGUACAAUCAGAUAUUUCGAAAUUACCGAAGAACAACCUUAUGUACAUUAUAUCAAUAUGCUUACUAGUUCUGAUCCACAACGAGGAAUGGGUUGGAUGCCAAAACGAGGAUUAGAUGUUAAUCAAAAUGAAAUUGCUAGAUUUUAUAAAUUACAUGCGAAAGGUUUAUGUGAAGUUAUUCCGUUCACUGUACCUCGGAAAUCAGAACUCUUCCAAGAUGACCUUUAUCCAGAUACAAUUGGUGAUAUGCCUUCAUUGACAGCUGAUGAAUGGAUGUCCGGUAAAGAUGCAGAUCCUAUUUUAAUAUCUCUAAAGGAUGGUUAUGUUCCAAAAUCGAAACCGAAAAAACGUAUUGGGAAGUUAAUCGCAUCCACUCCAGAAGCAGAUAAAGAAGAACAAGAUUCAAAUUUGACAGUUCCACAAACUAAAGUAACAUCGCAUCAAAAUCGACAACCUGGCUCUAAAUCACCAAAUCCUGAAAAUCCUCCCAAAUCUGAUCAUUUAGAUGCAAAUCGACAACGAUUAACUAAGAGUACCCCACCUAAAGAUACUCCAUCUUCUGAACCAGUGAAUGGUAUUUCAACCGGUGCUUGUCAUGCAAAUCACUCCGGUAUUCAUCAUCUCAUGGAAGAUAUUCGCAAAAUGAAGAUAAUUAUUAAAGGUCAUGAAAGGCGUAUACAAAAUCUAGAAGAACGUCUAGACUUGACUGAUAGUGGUGGAGAUUGUGUAUCUUCCAUGUCUGUCAGUUCAAUUAAAUAACUGUACACUUACAUCAUUCGUAAGGCCUACAACAAUACCCCCCUUUCAUCCUUAUUAUUAUCUGUUAUUUGCUACCAGUACGGUUACUAAACACUGUGUAGAUCAUGUCAUAUUUUUUGGAUUGAACAGAAUAACAAUGACAAUUAACCUCGCCAUGAUCUAUCGAUUGCAUGUAUUAUUCUGUAAGCUUUUUUAAUUUGUAAUAAACAUCAGAAAAAAUCUGUCUUCCAUUCACUGUGAACAAAAUUAAACAUAUGAGCUCAUUUCUUUAUCUCUAUGAUCAGCUCUUUUCAGUCGUACUCUGUCCCCCCCUUUAUUUAUCUGUAUGUAUGUGUGAAUCAAUUGAUAAUUGAUUAGCUGUUCAAAUAAACAAUAAUUUUUAGCAUUUAUUAACAAAACAAUAUAUAUACUCUUUGGCAGUUUGCCUUCUUUCUUGUUUUUUCUCUAAGGCAUAAUGUGUGGUUUUAAUAGUUUAUAAAUUUACAUUUUUGCUAAUUAGUUUACUUUAAUACAACAAACGCAUAUACGUAGUCUUUGCAUUAUAUCUUUAUAUGCCUUUGCAAUUCACUAAAAAUGUGCCACAACCAUAUAUGUAUAUAUGGGCUGUGUUUGCAUGUUAACCUGUGUUUACUUAUUCAAUGUGUGUGUGUAGAAAAAAAUUAUAAAGUUGAUGUAUCGCACCAGAGUGCCCAUAAAUUCUCUUUUCUUUACUACACAUACACACAUUGUUAAUGAUUUCGAUGUCUCUUUCCGUUUCUUCGUUUUGACACCGUUUUCCAGCAAAUGAUGAGAUGUUUCUCUUCAGAUUUAUUUAUUAAUUUCGGUUCGAAAAUCUUCGGUUGUUUUACACAUGUAUGUGUGCUGAUUGUUCAUCAACCGUUUGGUCUUAUCAAAAAGCAUAUUCUUCACACUGUUAACACACGAAUAUAAUGAUAACAGUGAUGACAACAGUUAUAUAUAUAUAUAUAUAUAUAUAUAUAUAUAUAUAUAUAUAUAUAUAUUCACUUUCUUGUGUGUGUUACUUGCAUGACAUCUUUUUAUUCUAUCAGUCUAUCUUCCUCAUUGUUUUCUUGUAGUUUAGAUGUUUAUAUUUCCUGAGUCACUAGAUCGUCUUAGACUAUUCAUACUGAAUUCUAUGUAGAUUUUUUUAAAAGUUCUAUUUAACUGUAUUUCUAUAAUUGUUUACAAACUUUACAGCUUCUUUACCUCAGUUUAUUCGUCUUGAUAUUAUAUACGUGAAUAUGUGUCCCUUCUGUCUUUACUUUUUAAUCAAUGUCUGUGGGAUUUCAUUUUUUCGAGGAAAUAAAACUGAUUAUCUAAUGGAAUUUUGACGACUCAGAAUUCAGAAAUGUUCUCAUUGAAUUAAUGCCUUUAGUUAAUGUUAUUUGUUGUUCACUUGGGCGUUAUCGUUUAUACUGUUACUGUUGCUAUUUCAUUAUUUUCAAGGUGGAGAAUAAUAAGUAUCCUG